AUGGCGUCCAGAAGCGUGCUGAUCGCGGCCACCGCGGCUGUCGUGCUGCUGGGGUGCUCCACCAGCGUGUUGGCCAGGGAGGGGUGGCAUGCACGCUGCAGCGCGUGCCGUGCAGUCGCGGCGGAGCUGGUGGUCAAGCUGGAGGCGGAGCAGCCCCGCAACCAUCUGGACAUGCGCCACCGCCUCGACAAGGCGCGCCAGCUGCAUGCACAGCCGCCUGCCGGCAGGCGCUGCUGUGCAGCCCUGUUGCGCCGCACGCCCGGGCGGCGUAUGUGGCACCACACGCUGCUGCAGCGGCUGCUGUCCGCUGCUGCCUGGCACACGGCCAAUGCCCCAGCGUGCCCUCGUGACGCCCUCGCCGCUGCCUGGUGCCUUGCCCGCUGCCGCCUGCAGGAGGGCAAGCGGUGGGGAAAGGUCAUAGACUACAAGAUGAGCGAACUGCGGGUCAUCCACCUGCUGGAUGACCUAUGUGAUGCCAUGAGCAAGUAUGAGCUGUUUGACGACGGCAACGGCACGCAGCGCUGGGCUCUCUCGGGGUCGCGUUUUGCGGGGAAGAACCCCAGCGUCGAGGUCACCAAGCAGCAGCGGCGGGAGCUCACAAACUACUGCCACGAUGUGUUGGAGAGGCAUGAGGAUGAGCUGUCCCAUGCGCUGCGCAACAGCCUGAUAGAUACCGACACCGCCUCGGACUUCAUCUGCCUCUCCACCGCCAACCACUGCAACCUGUCCCUCGCCGAGGAGCAGGCGCAGGAGCAGGCGCAGGCUGAGGAGCAGGCGCAGGAGCAGGCGGAGGAGGAGCAGGCAGAGGGCGCUGCCGCUGUAGACGCGGAUGGCGAGGCAGAAGCAGGGGAGCAGCCAGCGGAGGCUGCUGGGACUGAUGGCGCAGUGGUGGAUGGCAGCAAGGAAGAGCUCUGA